CUUGCGUUUAAUCCCGCAGGAUUGCGGGCCGGCGCGUCUCCCCGAUCAGAUAUCCUAUAGACGGAGGAAGCAUCACAUGAUGGUUACUGCUUCCUCCCCAUGACAUCACUGCUGCUGCAGCCCGACCGCCCCGGGAAGGAUGCUAUUAAAAUCACUGGGAUUGGGCUAAAUGAUGUUGCAUUGCAGAUCCUAAUAUGGUCAAUGCAGGAGACAUGAAUGGUUCAGGCAACCUGAUGGAUUUUCUGGAUGAGCCUUUUCCCGAUGUUGGAACUUAUGAAGAUUUCCACACCAUCGACUGGCUGCGGGAGAAAUCGCGUGACACCGACCGCCACCGCAAGAUUACAAGCAAAAGUAAAGAAUCCAUAUGGGAGUUCAUCAAGAGUUUGCUGGAUGCCUGGUCAGGAUGGGUUGUAAUGCUUCUCAUAGGACUGCUGGCAGGUACACUAGCUGGAGUGAUAGAUUUAGCUGUGGAUUGGAUGACAGACCUGAAAGAGGGUGUCUGCCUGUCUGCCUUCUGGUACAGCCACGAGCAGUGCUGCUGGACGUCUAAUGAAACGACAUUUGAUGACAGGGACAAAUGUCCCCAGUGGCAGAAAUGGUCUGAACUUCUUGUAAGCCAGUCUGAGGGUGCAAGUGCUUACAUUCUAAACUAUUUUCUGUACAUUAUGUGGGCUCUAUGUUUUGCUUUCCUGGCAGUCUCCCUGGUCAGAGUGUUUGCUCCUUACGCCUGUGGCUCUGGAAUCCCAGAGAUAAAAACCAUCUUGAGUGGGUUCAUUAUUAGGGGCUACCUGGGAAAAUGGACACUUUUAAUCAAAACAGUCACCUUGGUUCUGGUGGUGUCUUCAGGCCUCAGCCUUGGGAAAGAGGGCCCAUUAGUCCAUGUGGCCUGUUGCUGCGGAAACUUCUUCAGCAGUCUUUUCUCUAAGUACAGCAAGAAUGAAGGAAAGAGAAGAGAGGUACUUUCAGCUGCAGCUGCUGCAGGAGUUUCUGUUGCCUUUGGGGCUCCAAUUGGAGGUGUGCUUUUUAGUCUGGAAGAGGUCAGCUACUACUUUCCUCUGAAAACCCUCUGGAGGUCAUUUUUUGCCGCUCUGGUGGCUGCCUUCACGCUGAGGUCCAUCAAUCCUUUUGGAAACAGCCGCCUGGUCCUGUUCUACGUGGAGUACCACACGCCCUGGUACAUGGCCGAGCUCUUCCCCUUCAUCCUGCUCGGCGUCUUCGGGGGCCUCUGGGGCACCCUCUUCAUCCGCUGCAACAUCGCCUGGUGCAGGAGGCGAAAAACCACCAGGCUUGGGAAGUACCCGGUGCUGGAGGUGAUUGUGAUAACAGCCAUCACGGCCAUCAUCGCCUACCCCAACCCCUACACCCGCCGCAGCACCAGCGAGCUCAUCUCCGAGCUCUUCAACGACUGCGGGGCGCUGGAGUCCUCGCAGCUCUGCGACUACAUCAACGACCCCAACAUGACCCGGCCCGUGGACGACAUUCCCGACAGACCCGCUGGCCCUGGAGUCUACUCGGCCAUGUGGCAGCUGGCCUUGGCCCUGGUGUUCAAAAUUGUCAUCACCAUAUUCACUUUUGGCAUGAAGAUCCCUUCAGGCCUUUUUAUUCCUAGCAUGGCUGUUGGAGCCAUGGCUGGCAGGAUGGUUGGGAUUGGAGUGGAGCAGCUGGCAUAUCACCAUCAUGACUGGAUCAUCUUCAGGAACUGGUGCAGACCUGGGGCAGACUGUGUCACACCAGGACUUUAUGCUAUGGUGGGAGCAGCAGCUUGCUUGGGUGGCGUGACUCGAAUGACGGUCUCUCUGGUGGUGAUCAUGUUUGAGCUAACGGGAGGCCUGGAGUACAUUGUACCUCUUAUGGCUGCAGCUGUCACAAGCAAGUGGGUGGCAGAUGCCUUUGGAAAAGAAGGGAUCUACGAAGCUCACAUUCAUCUGAAUGGCUACCCCUUCCUGGAUGUGAAGGAUGAGUUCACCCACAGAACCCUGGCAACCGACGUGAUGAGGCCAAGGCGGGGAGAAGCUCCUCUGUCUGUGCUGACACAGGACAGCAUGACAGUGGAGGACGUGGAGACACUCAUCAAAGAGACUGAUUACAAUGGCUUCCCAGUGGUGGUUUCAAAAGACUCAGAGAGACUCAUUGGAUUUGCACAGAGACGAGAGCUGAUCCUUGCAAUAAAGAACGCAAGACAGCGUCAGGACGGGGUGGUGAGCAACUCCAUCGUGUACUUCACCGAAGACCCCCCAGAGCUGCCCCCCAACAGUCCCCACCCGCUGAAACUGCGGCGCAUCCUCAACCUGAGCCCCUUCACCGUCACUGACCACACGCCCAUGGAAACCGUCGUCGAUAUUUUCCGGAAACUCGGGCUCCGGCAGUGCCUGGUCACUCGCAGUGGGAGGCUGCUGGGUAUCAUAACUAAAAAGGAUGUAUUAAGACAUAUGGCUCAAAUGGCAAACCAGGACCCUGAAUCUAUCAUGUUUAACUAGACUGGUAAAGAAGAAGAAAGUAACCCCAAAGGAAUCCCUUCUAGAUUAACAUGAAGGCUGUGUUUGGUGUUUCAUCUUGCUUAAAGAAGAAAAGGUGAUGUAUAUGAAGAAUGGCCUCUGAUAUGCCUCUGACAGAGGGAGUGGGUGCAGGACAGCAAUUAUUUAAUGAGGAAGGCAGUUUAGAAGCUCUGAGCAGCUGCAGACACCAGGCUGUGUUUCCUUAGUGAGAUUCCCAGCAGCUCAAUUGCAGUGCUGGGUGUGAGAGAUGUGAUGUUUAGAGACAAAGAGCCACGAGCACCAGUGGGAGGCAUCAAGGUCACAGCAACUCAUGAGCCAGGUGUGAGGAGUAGCUGACACUGUUUGUGUACAAGCUGCUAAGAGAUAUAAAGGUUUGUGUUCCCAGCCAGAGAGUGUAGAUGAGUGAUGUCAGUUGCUUUCUUACUGGAAUCAUGGCUGUUUGUUUGCUACUGAGUUAUACCGUUUUCAUGACGGGCAAAAAAAUGGCAGAUUUUUAAAUGAAAGAUUUUGUCAUUUUAAUUUAUUUUGUAAAUGUUUAAUGAAUCAAGACUGGAGUUUAGUCUUAAGAAAAGAGUAAAGUUUUGCCUCAAAUCACUUUAAAAUGUAGUGUCCCUUGCUCCCUGCUUUAGUCUUUGAAUUUUAUACUGCUUAGCAUUUCUGCCAACCAGCUUCCCCUUAUUAAUGUUGAAAUGGGAUUUAUUUGUAAGAAUUUAUUAUCUCUCUAUGCAAUUUUGCAUACAAGUACUGUAAAAUUUAGUAUUUUGUGGUUUGCUGUGGUAACUGGAAAAAACAUAGAAGCCCAUAAAAUAGUUUUCAGAAGCACUAAAAGGACAGUUGUCUCUCAUCGGUGUUAGUGACAAAAGAUUGAAUCCUUCACCUGCCUUCCCUUGUGUACAUCACAAUUUUUCACAAAUGAAUGACGUUCUGCAUUGAUUCUUGGUUCCCCAUUUAAGUCCUUUUUGUCAUUGCUCUUUCUUAGCAUUUGUCUGCACUUGCCAAGAGAUUGCUGAAAUUAAUUUAACAGUCAUAGACACUUAUUCUGUAAGAGAUCUACUUUUUAUGCACUCAUCAGUCAUAGGACUGUGGAAUUCCUCUCCACAGCACUGUGGCUGGAUAAGAUCAGAGGGACUGAGAAUGCAAAUGAUCAUAGAAAAGCUUUAAGUAUAUAUCUGUUUGCACCAAGAACAUAAGAUUUAACAGACCCUGGUAGAGACCUCAAAGUCACUCAGGUAAAAAUGUUACAUUUCCUUGUUCUGGCCCUACGUGAUAUAAAGAGGGUCAACCCUUUAGUUAAUACUGCUAUCAGUAACAGAAUAACAAACUGUACUCCCUGUAACACGUAAUUCACACUGCCCAGUGUUUGCCUUAUAGAUGUAAACAUAAAGAUGGGAGAAAGGUUGUUUGUGCCCUGAAUCCCCUUCAGACCUCCUGGUCCCUUCAUGUAGGCAUCUAAGACCUCUGGUACUUUUGUUCAAAUGAACUUUCAUGCCAGAACAGCCUGUUCCCUACCCCAGCCCAAACCCAGACUGCUGAGCUAACAUGUAGGCAAUGUGCAUGAUUAUUGUGUCCCUGACUGAGACAACUGCUCAGGUGCACCCUGAGCUAGAUGCUGAAGUUCUGUGUCACAAAUUCCUCCUCUUAUCUCCAGUGACCCUGCUUCCUUCUGGCAUGUGUCCCACUGCAUUCACACGGAGUUCAACCCAAAAAGAAAAGGAAGUAAAGGGAUAAUUUUAAUCUGUUAAGUACUCCACUCAACAAUGAUGUUUGCAACAGACUGACAUAAAUAUACGUAGCUCUGGCCAAAGCCCAUAAAUAUUUGUGUAUACUUUUUGUUAACUGGACAGCUGCAGUACAAUGUAUUAUUAAAGGGAUAUUGUUAAAACUAUGUCAACUAUAGGACUGAGCAACCUCUUUCUUCUGAAAAUAGGAAAUACAACAUAAUGUGGUUAUUAUAUUUUUCUGUGAAGCUGUCAGUAGCCAAACUCAUAAAAAACCAAAUCAACAACAACACUCAUAAACGCUAGAUUCCCUCAUUUGAACAGAGAUGCCAUCAUAAAAUCAGUUCAUUCCCACAACUAAACCAAAGUGGGGCACUAUACAAUUGUCAGUUUCUACCCAUAACUUCUAGAAUCUAAGGGAUGUAGACUAAACUAAAGAGGUUGGCUUUUGAGAGCAAUCUCAUUCUUGGAUUAAAACUGUAUGACCAUGUUCUACUUUCCAUGUUUGCUAACAGGAACCAAUAUAAUGUAUCAACACUGAAAAGCAUUAUCAUUUUCUGAGAAAAAGACAUGGACUUGUCUAACUGAGGUUAAUCUAGCUAUGAAUACAAAUUCACAUAUGUAUUGACUUGGCUUAUCAGUUAAACUCAGUCUGUGGUUAAUUCACAUUAAUACCCAGAGGCCUGACUUACUGAAACCAAGUCACCCCUGUGAUAGCUUGUUGCCUUGCCUUCUUAGACUGCUUAGGAGGAGCUCUCAGAGCUUAAAAACAUGAUCUAAAAAACCAACAUG